AAACUGUCAAACUGCAUCACUAUACAAAUUGUGUCUAUUCAUUGUUGACUGAUUCUACUGAAAUGAUUUGCAGUAACACAACGGAUUAUAGUUACUUAGUAGGAGAUUUUCGCGCUUAUGCAUGCCCAAUAAUUGCUGUCGUCGGAGUGACAGGCAAUAUUUUCAUAAUAGUUAUUUUUGCUCAGGAUCGGCCAUAUUCAAGAUUUUCAUUCUAUGCUAUCUCUUUAGCUGUAGCAAAUAUUACCACAUUAACUGUGAACACAUUCAUUGAUGAUUUCCUUGGACGAGGACUAUCUCAUGCAACAAAUCAUCGUUUGUAUUACAAACUCGAUGUGUUAUCAGAAUUUUGGUGUAAAUGUGUGGAGUAUAUAUCGAAUGCAAUGUAUUUCAUAUCAUCUUAUCUUAUUGUCAUUUUUUCAAUUGACCGACUGUUGACUAUUCAUCAACCAAUAAAAUUCUAUUCAACAUUUCAUAAACGCUGGGCACUCAGUGCGUGUAUCAUCGUCUUCUUUGUUGGAAUAAUCAGCAAUACACCUUUGUUGUCUGUGCAAACUCUAGUGGUUGAUCCGUCAAGUCGAACAAAUUUCACAUGUCGAAUGAUUUCUGAACAUCCAGUUGCAAAAUUCACGAUAGCAUUUGAAACUAUCAUCACUUUUACAAUACCAUUCUGCUUGGUAUUGUUCUUAAACACUUUUAUCUGUAUUCGAUUAUGGAAGUUGAAAGCGAAUCGAAGAGCUCUUCUACCAACGGAUUCUUCACGGAAUCAUAUGGAAAUGGGACGAGUGUUCGGACACCUUGCUUUGAGUACAGCAUUCUUGCUACUGUAUUUGCCAAUGGUAUGUGUUGUGUUGAUUCGUCUAAACCAAACUUUAAACCAUAUGGACAGACAUAAACCCUAUGCACUGUGUAUUAUUGAUUUGUCCAGAUUUCUCUCUUCUGUUAAAGAUAUCACCUAUGCAGUUAAUUUCUUUGUAUACUUAAUAUUUCUGAGAAAUUUCAGACAAAGUUUUUGGAAUAUAUUCAGAAGCAUGUGUUGUAAACAGGCACUAACUGCACCUCAGUUAACACUUUACAGACAAGAAGACAAGAGGCAGAAUAAUAAGUUUAGACGUGCAAAAACUGUUCCACACUUUUGAGGAUUAUUGAAUCAUAUUUCAAGUUAAUUCACUUAUACUACGCCAUGUUUAUUUCUGUUUUUGACAGUUCAUAUACACAGCAACACAUUUCUGUAUAACUGUAUAUAUUAUAUGGUUCGUAUACCUAUCUGUCUAACAGUGAAUUCUCACGCAAACCU